GAAAAAGAAAAUGAGGCGUUCCCGUCUAAACUUUUUUUUUCUCUCUCUCUUUCUCUGUCUCUCGUCUCUGCAAAUUUGUGAUACAUGAAGCGUUCUUGCUGCUUAUUGUGAAGAGAGAAACAAAAAAAAAAGAAAGAAAAAGCGAGAAAGACAUUGGCUUGUAAAAAUUGAUUGCUUCAAGUAAGCAACAGCAGCAACAAGCAUCAAACCUGAAUCAGUCGUCUGGUUCGAGUACGUGCCACUAGUUUCUAAAUCUGUAAUAUUUUUUUCGAGUCACAAAAACAAAACAAAAAAAGAUCGAUCCCCCCCCCUCCCCUCACUCCAGCCAUGAACGGCACAGCCACGGGCCCCAGAGGCAUCCAUGUCGCCAUCGUAGGCGGAGGGAUCGCGGGCGUGACUCUGGCGCUGGGGCUCCAGAAGCGGGGCGUGUCGUUCACGCUGUACGAGCGCGCCCGAGAGAUCCGCGAGAUUGGGGCGGGAAUCGGGCUGUCGCCAAAUGCGGAGCGGGCAAUGGAGAUGCUGGACCGCAAGACGGUGCUGGACGCCUACAAGAGGAUCGCGACGCCAAACGGCGUGGACGAGUUCCAGUGGAUUGACGGCUACCGCACCGACGAGCUCAUCUACACGCUCUACAUGGGCAAGGACGGGUUCCAGGGCUGUCGGCGAUCGGACCUGGUGGACGAGUGGAUCAAGACCCUGCCGGCCGACUGCAUCAGCCUGGGAAAGGAGGCCAAGUCCAUCAGGCAGCAUGGCGACGGCAGCAGCAGCAAUGGCAGCAGCAACGGCACGACGGCAGGUGGCUGGCGGGGCGGGGUCGAAAUCACCUUCAAGGACGGCACCACGGCCACAGCCGACGCGGUGGUGGGCUGCGACGGCAUCUGGUCUCGGGUGCGCGAGCUCCUGCUGGGAGCGGACAACCCGGCGUCGCACGCGGGAUACACGGGCAAGUACUGCUUCCGGACGCUGGUGCCGUACGCCAAGGCGCUCGAGGUGCUGGGCCACGAGCGCGUGCACACGCGCUACAUGUACAACGGGCCGGGGGCGCACUGCAUCACGUAUCCGGUGGGGCUGGGCGACAACACGGUGCUCAACGUGCUGGUGGCGCUGUCGGACCCGAACCCUUGGCCGCUCGAGGAGACUGGCGGCAAGCACACGGCGCCGGGCACGAGGGAGGAGGCGGAGCGCGCCACCAGGGACUUCCAUCCUACCUUUCGCAAGGUCGUCAGUCUCCUGCCAGACAAGGUGGAGAAGUGGGCCAUCUUCGACUCGAUGGAGAACCCAGCCCCGACCUACUCCAAGGGCCAGGUCUGCCUCGCCGGUGACGCGGCCCACGCGACCGGGCCACACCUGGGGGCGGGGGCCGGCGUCGGCAUCGAGGACGCCCUGCUGCUGUCGACGCUGCUGGAGCGCAUCGACCAGGCCGUCAAGAGUAGCAGCAGCAGCAGUGACGACGACAGCAACGAGGAAAAAAAGCGCGACAUGAUCACUCGCGCCCUCGACAUCUACGACGGCCUGCGGCGCGAGAGGACGCAGUGGCUCGUCGUGGCCACGCGCGAGGCCGUCGACAUGAUCCAGUGGAGCCAGGGCGAAGCUGUGGGUAAGGACGGUGAAGCUUUUGGGCGCGAGAUCGGCAAGCGUUUCCAUCGCGUGUGGGACUACGAUCUAGAUGCCAUGUUGAGGGAGGGGCUUGAAAAGCUUGGGAUCCCCCCGCCCAUGCAGCCAGGGGUUCCCAAUAGUGCGUGAUUGAUUGCCAUGCGCCCUCUGGGUCUUUGACGCAUUAAGCGCACUCUGUCAGUUGGGCCAAGUCGGCACUUGACUUGAUUGCGACAUUGCGUAGGUACCUGGGUCCAAAGUACCUGUUUGUACUUUUUGUACACACAUCGAGGGCAGUGGAGGCAUUCGUUUGUCUUGUCAGCUGGCCUGGCGACCAAUGUUUAGGUGGGGAACACGACAGAGUACAACAGACGACAAAGACGCUACCUGUCUGAUUUCCGUCGGAGUUGGGCCAGUCAAUUAGAACUAGAACAGAACUAGUGGGUCAUUCAUUAUCCUGCGUUACUGUUUACAAACCUCGAGACUUGCUAUUUACAGAGAGCCAACACUAGAGGUCAUUUAAUCUCUUCCAUGCAUCUUCAGCCCCGUUUCCACUGCCAUUAAUUUUCCCAUGCCAAGAAUGCCUUGUGUCGGUGUACUCCCUCUGAUUAAGUAGUCACCACACUCUUUUCAGUAAAAAAACAACCCAUCAUCCUUCAUAUAGAUCUUGGCUAGGCAUUCACAUUGUAUUUUCCAGAUCGGGUAAAACAGGUGCAAUACAAGGCCACAUUAGACUCGCCUCUGAAUCACCACCUUUGGGCAUUUCUUUGUG